UUCAUCACGAAAAACUCCAAAAUCUCUUUGAUUCGUUCAGAUUCACUCUCUUCGUCGAGAAACUGUUAGAUUUGUAUUCGUUACUUGUGGUUCCGCCGCGAAAUCUCCGACUACAAAAUCGUUCUAUUCUAGCUCUCGUAAAAUGAUCUGCCUAGUUCUCUCUGUCCUCAUCACGGCGGCGUCGGCUGCUGCGGAGUUCGGUGGGGAGGUAUUAGAGACGGAACUCUGGUGCGUGGCGAAGAACAACGUUGAGGAUUCGGCACUUCAAACGGCCUGUUACGAUCCACCGGAUAUGGUGAAGAUGGCGUCGUAUGUUUUCAAUAACUAUUACUUGAAGAACGGUCUCGCAGAUGAAACUUGUAACUUUAGUAACAACGCAGCUGUUACUUCACUGGAUCCUAGUCAAGGAGCAUGCAAGUUUCCUUCAAGUAAGAGAGUGAGCAGUGGAAGUAUCGCUGAUGCCACUUCAACGCAGGCAACAACUGCUGCACAAGAAUCCUCAGAUUUCAGCAGAGCAAGGCGGAUGUUUACCAGCUGGUCGUUGCCCUUCGUCAUUUUAGGCCACAUUAUGACAAUGACACUGAUCAUUCAUCAUCUUUAGCUACCGCUUGGUGAUUGAAGGUAACCCUUUUUUUUAAUCUCUCAACCCUUUCCUCAACCCUCAGUUUUAUGUAAACUAAAAUGGUUCUGCAUCUUUAACGGAUCCCUGAAAUGUAGCUCUGUACUGUCUUACCAUUAUGAAGAGUUUAACUAGAAAGGCAUUAACGUUA